ACAACUGUCCGAAUAAAAACGAAAAUAUGCAGGCCUUAAAGGAGAAGUUACAGGACAUGAAUGCCUCCCAUAACGCCAAGGCCCAUGCAAGGGAGGAGGAGAAGGUGGAGAAAGAUCUAGCAAAAGCAAGGGCGGAGGUGGCACAUGAGGUGAGGAAGGCGAAGGAGGCCGAAGCGGAGAUGGAGCUGCAUAUGGCAAAAGCCGCCAAGAGGGCGCAGAAGGAGAUAGAAAAGCAUACUUCUGAUCAGAAUCAGCCACCCAAUGCCUCUGUUGCCACCGCUACUGCUGCUGCCGCUGCCGCCGCAGCAGCUAAUCCCCGCAACCUUACUAAUAACUUGCUAUGAACUCAAAUAUUUUAUUUUUUAUUUAUUUGAAGUUAUUAUUUGUUCACAUUUUGAAAGGGGUGUGAAAUGGUUGAAAUAAAAAAUGGUGUACCUC